AUGAAAGAAGCUAAAGCAAUUUGUUUUAUUUUCUUUUGGCUAAAUCUUUUUCACUCAGUUUGUUCUGAGGAUCAUCGAAUACAACGAAGGUCAAACAAUGUUGAACCUGCACUACAGAUGACCAUCGGUCACAACCUGAACAACAGUAUGGCCAUGAAACACGGAUCUGAAUAUGGAUAUACUUUCAUAGUAAAGCACUCCGCUGAGUCACGGUCAGACGCACGUGGCGUUCAUGUGACCUGGAUGCUGACGCCAUUUGUCAAGUUUAAAAAAGUGGCCUCUUCUUUAAUGAUGGGCUCUCUUCAAGUUCAGCAGAAAGAUGACAGUGUGACCUUCUUGAUUGACCGAAUUUUGUGGGCGGAAGAAGUCAAAAUUAACUUCACUGUGAUAUUUGACAACGACUUCUCCCUAAAAAAUGGACGACAUCAUAUUGUAACCCCAGUAGGCUUGCUAUACUACAAGGAUUACACAGACGACGGUCACGUGAUAACCAAAGGAGCCUCUUUCUCCAGUCCCCCUCAAAUAGUUACCAUAGAGAUCAAUAUACCCGGGUGUGAAUCCGCUUUAGGAAUGGCGUCAGGUAAAAUCAAAGAUUAUCAACUGACAGCCUCUUCUACAUACUCAUAUCUGCAGCCCUACAAAGCCAGGCCAGGCGGAGACAACGAUGCGUGGUGUGCCUUCAUCACAAAUGACCAGCAAUAUAUUCAGAUUGAUUUCACCAAGAAGACACGCGUGACACGAAUUGAAACAUACGGCAGAAGCCAGAAACAGCACUGGGUCAAGAGAUAUCUAAUUCAGUUCAGCAAUAACGAUAUGGAAUGGUAUAAUUACACGGAAAAUGGCUUUGAUAAGGAGUUCCCUGGGAAUUUCGACAGUUCCACCUCAGUUUCUCACCACCUGAAAAAUGAAAUUGAGGCGCACAGCAUCCGCAUAAGGCCGCUUGCUUGGCAGAAGCUUGUUUGCAUGAGAUUUGAAGUGUUCGGCUGUCCCAUUGAAGGCGCUCCUGAAAAUUGCAUCGACCCCCUUGGUUUGGAGUCUGGGUAUAUCCCAGAUGAAGGUGUAAGUCAUAGUGUGGACACUUCCCAAACAGUGUCAAAUCCUACUGAUAUUCGCCUGAACAAGAACGUCCCUGGAUUUCCCUACGGCUGGCAAGCGUCACUGGGGCAACUGGAUUAUCUACAGGUCGACUUUGGCUCAUUGCGGAAGGUGACUCGAGUGGCGACGCAGGGGGCAAGUUCGUUCUUUGUAACACGUUUUCAGCUGAAGUUCAGUAACAACAGUAUUGAGUGGUUAGAUUAUCCAGAAAAUGGAAUCGUUAAGGAGCUGAAUGGUCCAAAAAAUGGCCAAGAAGCUAAAAAUCCGAUUCUGGUGAAAUUAUCUGAGCCAUUCACGGCGCGCUAUGUGCGUUUCAUUCCCACCAGCGCUCCAGUUCUUAAAGUAAUGCGAGCUGAGCUGUAUGGCUGCAUGGCUGAACCGUUGCCUCCGUUUGGGGGUGUCCACGAAUACUCUCGGAGGGCCGUACUGUUGGACCCAGACUCCGGACGGUUUUAUGUCUGCAUGUACACUGAGCAAAAAUCAGAGAGCAGCUGUUUCUUCUCGAGUGACGGAAUGGAUUGGACAGGUCUUGAUGAAUCCAUCGUCAGUAUCAUUGCUUUCGACCCUACAAAUGCAGCGCUCUUUGGAGUAGACCAUAAAAUGAACUUUCACCGAAGCACCAAUGACGGUGUGACCUGGAAGGUUAUUUCCUCCCAGUACUUUUAUAAUUUAAAGAACGAGACAUCCCUGAUAAUGAGCACAGGGAUACCAGAGAACAUGGUAACUGCCACGUCCAGUUCAUUUUGGUCCGCGACUUCAUCGAGUGGAAAGAAGUGGGGAGUUUCCGCGUCAGGCGUACACAUUAUGGCCGCUGGCAAUAAUGAAUGGAGUACGGUGGCAUUGUGGAAAUGCUGUGGAAACUGAUUAACUCACACGAUGUAUCAUAUCAAACAGGCCUCUUUAAAGACCUUCUUUCCUCUGUUUGUCUAAGGUCUUGUUUAUUAGACUAAAUAAUGUAAGAAUUGUAAAAUGCACGCCCUUUUAAAUUAUUAUUUUAUGACCAAACGAAGGUAUCGAAAAAGCGAAGUGGUCGUAAUUUAAGGCAUGUUCCUCUUGUAUUUCGUCGAAUUGAACACUGAUUUGAUGUAAUGAUAAGUGAAAAACGGAUUUCCGAAGGGGAAACCACACGAAAAAGAGUUCUUUAAAUCUUCAUCCCCGUUAUUUGUGCUUUCACCCCCUUCGAACUUGUUCUGGUGGGAUUGUUUCUCGCCGAAUCUUUAUGCAGUAUCUUUCGCAAGUACGCCAUUUCGUCACUCGCUAUGGUUUCUACUUAU